UUAAGCAUGGAGGAGUUAGGCUGGUAUGGUGGCACAUGUCUAUGAUCCCACUUAGAAGGCGAGGACAGGAGGACCAGGAAUUCGAGAUCCUGCUCAAUUACACAGACACAGGGUGAAGAUGAGUGACCGGAGAUGAAGGGACUUUGGUUGGGGUGCUAGUCUUAGAGAUGGGAAGACGAGCAAAGAAGACAGCCCUGUGACCUGCACCAGACUCCAGCACCAUGACGGUGUCCUACACUCUCAAGGUGGCAGAGGCGCGCUUUGGAGCCUUCUCUGGCCUGCUCCUCCGCUGGAGGGGCAGCAUCUACAAGCUCUUGUACAAAGAGUUCCUGCUCUUUGGUGCCUUGUAUGCUGUACUCAGCAUCACGUACCGGCUGUUGCUGACCCAGGAGCAGAAGCAUAUUUAUGCCCAGGUGGCCCGAUACUGCAACCGCUCAGCAGACCUCAUCCCUCUGUCCUUCGUGCUGGGUUUCUACGUGACUUUGGUGGUGAACCGAUGGUGGUCUCAGUACACAAGCAUCCCCCUGCCGGACCAGUUAAUGUGUGUCAUCUCAGCCUGUGUGCACGGUGUGGACCAGAGUGGCCGUUUACUACGCCGAACUCUCAUCCGCUAUGCCAACCUGGCAUCCGUGCUGGUGCUCCGUUCCGUGAGCACCCGUGUGCUCAAGCGCUUCCCCACUAUGGAGCACGUGGUGGAUGCAGGUUUCAUGUCUCAGGAAGAGAGGAAAAAGUUUGAGAGCUUGAAAUCUGAUUUUAACAAGUACUGGGUCCCUUGCGUCUGGUUCACUAACCUCGCCGCGCGGGCCCGCAGGGAUGGACGAAUUCGUGAUGACAUUGCUCUCUGUCUCAUACUGGAAGAGCUGAACAAGUACCGUGCCAAGUGCAGCAUGCUGUUUCACUAUGACUGGAUCAGCAUCCCCCUUGUCUACACCCAGGUGGUGACGAUAGCUGUAUAUUCCUUCUUUGCCCUUUCCCUGGUGGGCCGACAGUUUGUGGAGCCAGAAACGGGGACUACCGAAUCUGAGGGGUCCUCUCCAGCCCUGGGGGACCUGGACAUGUUCGUGCCUCUUACCACAUUGCUGCAGUUUUUCUUUUAUGCUGGUUGGCUCAAGGUAGCUGAACAGCUCAUUAACCCCUUUGGUGAGGAUGACGAUGACUUUGAGACCAACCAGCUCAUAGAUCGAAACUUGCAGGUGUCCCUGCUCUCUGUGGAUGAUAUGUACCAGAACCUGCCUCCUGCUGAGAAGGAUCAGUACUGGGAUGAGGCCCAACCUCAGCCACCCUAUACGGUGGCCACAGCCGCCGAGUCGCUGCGUCCUUCCUUUCUGGGUUCCACCUUCAACCUGCGCAUGAGCGACGACCCUGAGCAGUGCCUGCAGGUGGAGGCGUCCCCAAGGUCCGACCUGCCGGCACCCUCCACGCAGACCCCGAUGCUGGGCCGCUUCCUGGGCACAGGAGCACUGUCACCAGCUAUAAGCCUGCGGAACUUUGGCCGAGCACGCGGUGCCCCCAGGACUCCGCACCUGCUUCGCUUGCGGACCGAGUUGGGUGGCGAAGAGGCUGCAAGCCGUAUAGAUGAGGCUGAGGAAUCUGGGGAUGAAGCCCUGGAACCUUGAGACUGCCACCCUGCCUUCUUCCCCAGUUGCGCUUGGAGCAACUUUCCCACUGGGGAAAGCAUUUGGGGACAGCCUUUGAAAGCAAAGAUGGCCAGGAGUUAGAGCUGGGGGUAGGGUUUAUCUCCUUUAGCGUGAUAGUGGGAUAGAUUGCUUGGGGGGAAGCUAGAAUAAAGGCCAAAUACGUAGGGCUAGAACACAGAGGCAAGGUUACCUUUUCAGGCAUUGGGGAGCUAGGCCCAAAACACUGGGGGAACGCCAGCAUCCCUAGAAGUCUGGCCUGGUGUCCAACCCCAGCCUCUGUGCUGCCUUUUAGUACUGAGCUCAGGAAGUGGCAUUUCCAGUUUUGCGUAGAUGCUGGGUGGACUGCUGCUGGCCUGUGACAGCGGUUUUAGAACCAAGUGUGAAAGUGAAAAGACAUUCCUUACCCUAGUAACCUCACUCUGAAGGCAGGUCAGUGGCUGUGCUGUGGGGCCUUUAUUUGCAAUGCUCGCUUUUUAUUUAU